AUGGACACCAGCAUCGUGGCUCUACUGCUACAUAUGCUGCUGCUGCUGUUUGACCGGGUGCACUCCAAAAAAGGUGUGAAAUGUGGCGGCAUCCUCUCUGCUCCCUCCGGAAACAUCUCCAGCCCUAACUUCCCCGGCUUCUACCCGUACAACAUGGACUGUGUCUGGCUCAUCGUGGUGGUUGAAGGCUCCUCCGUGCUCCUCACUUUCCACCACUUUGACCUGGAGUACCACGCCACUUGCGCCUACGACCACGUCAAGGUCUACAACGGCGUUUCUCAGGACGAGGGCAACUUGCUCGGGACGUUCUGCGGCGACACCAUCCCGCCACAAUUCACGUCUUCAUGGAACGUCAUGUCCAUUAUCUUCCAUUCGGACCGACACGUGGCCCACAGAGGAUUCAGUGUUGGCUUCAGAAAAGGUAAUAUGUGCGGUGGCGUGCUGACCGGCCUCUCCGGAGUCAUAUCCAGUCCAGGAUACCCUCAGGAGUACAGCAACAAUGCAGACUGCUCCUGGGCCAUUCACGUGUCCAACAGCAGUGUGGUCAGCCUGGUCUUCCUCGACUUCCAGAUGGAAAACAACGAGGGCUGUAACUUUGACUUUGUGGCUCUGUUCGACGGCCCCACGGUCACACAUCCACUUCUGGGCAAAUACUGUGGUGCAGACAUGCCCCCAAAAACUGUCACCACAUCCAACCAACUCCUGGUGGUGUUUAAGUCUGACUUCAAUAUAGGAGGACGUGGCUUCAAGGCCUAUUAUUACUCAGGUGAGUGCCAGCAGGUUCUGUCCGGUAUUAGCGGCAACUUCAGCAGCCCACACUUCCCCACCAUCUACCCCAACAACAUCAACUGCCACUGGAGCGUCAGUCUGUCGCCCGGCUACAGGAUCAAGCUGUUCUUCACCGCCAUGGACCUGGAGGACCGGAACAGUCUGAGUGGCCACUGUGACUAUGACUAUGUGGCGGUGUACGAUGGAGAGAGCCAGGCCGACGCGCUGUUGGGGCGCUGGUGUGGGACGGAGCAGCCCCCCUCUCUGCUGUCCAAGGGGAACAGACUCCUGGUGGUCCUGAGCACGGACCGCAAUGAGGCGCAUAGAGGCUUCACCGCAUCCUAUCUCGGAGUGGUGCCAGUGAACAUCAGCUGCACACGCUCAGAGUUUUCCAUCCUGAUCCCUCAGCAGUCGCUGCCUCAGCUCGAACGAGAGAACAUCUACCUGGGAAACCCGUCGUGCAUCGCACAGCUCACCACCACCGCCUACAAGAUCCAGGCUCAGUUUGUAAACUGUGGCACGGCCGGACAGAAACGGCGGAACAUCACAGUCAUGGUGAACAAACUCUACAUCGACUUUUCCGACGAGAAACACAAGAACAUCCAGGAGUACGACGUGCAGUGUGACGCCCUGAGAAAAGUGGCGUCUGUCUUCAUCAUUUCAGCAGAAGAGCGCCACCUGGAGGAGCAGUCCCAGAAGCCUGAGGAGGACGCAGGGACCCCACAUAAACACAACAGCGAGCCUCACGAUCUCAGCGACAUCGUGUUCAUCAGCAUCUGUGUCCUGGCCGUCAUCCUCAUGAUCAUCGCCAUCAUCUGGCUUGUUCUAUUGUGA